AUGACAUUAUCUUUGUGUGAUGUCAAAUAUGGUGGACGAGAUAUGGCUUCAGAUAUGGUGGACGAGAUCCAAAAAGAAGUUGAAUAUCAAAUCCAAAGUUCAACUUGGAUGGACGAUGGAGUCAGAGAUAUUAUUUUGGACAAAUUAGUAUACAUGGACAGGAAGAUCGGAUAUCCGAGUUCGUAUCGAAAUAUUACUGUCAUGAAGGAACAUUUCAGAGGGCUCAGCGCCAGCAAAUCGCAUUUCGAGAACAUGUUAAGCAUCAUGAGAUACGAGAAAUGGGAAAACCUGAGAAGUACAUUCUCAGAGAAGGAUUCUAUCGAAGCAUUUGAGGAGUAAGUAUCUUUUUCAUAAUAAUGAUGAGCGUACCAUUUUAAAUAUAGUUUUACUGAAUUUCAACUAAUCGAAAGAUCAAUUAUUCCUUUACAGGCUGGACUUCAAUCCUUUAAUAGUAAAUGCCUUCUUCUCACUCGUGGAGAAUUCCAUUCGUAAGUUUGGAGACAAAGAAACCUAAAAAAAUCUAAUUGCCAUGAAAAUAAAAAUCAGUUCGUCGCUAAAAUCGAAUUUGUCGAACAGAAAUCGUAGAACAUUUUUAUUGUCGCAGGAACAACAUCGGUGGAUUCACAACAACCCUUCUUUGAUUUCAAACAACCGUGGUAAGUAUAAGUUAAUAUGUAUUUUUUAUUUUAUCACAGAUUAAUAAAAUUGCUAUACAAAAGUUAAUUUAAUUUACAACGAACAAUACUUUAUACAAAUUAUUUAUAUUUAUAUUAUUUAUAUUUAUAUUUAUAUUUGAAAUUAUAUAUCACAUAUAAUGUAGGUAUACAAACUAUGGUAUUAUCGGAGUGAUCAUGAGCCAGUGA